AGCUCCACGGCCGCCCCCGAUCCCGUUCCCAUGGCCAUGGACGUCGGCGGCGGCGAAGGAGAUGGCGGUAGCUCCACGGUCGCCCCCGAUCCCGUUCCCAUGGACGGCGACAGGCGCGACCGCGGCGGAGAAGGCGAUAGCGCCGGCCACGUCCCGGGUGAUGGGGAUAACUCCGCUCUCGUACACGCCGCUAGUGACGGAGGAGGAGGGCUGGACCGCCUCAGCGAUCUGUCCAACGACCUCCUCGCCCGCAUUCUGGCCGGCCUCAGGGACACCCACGCCGCCGCCACGACCAACGUCCUAUCCCGCCGCUGGCACAGGGUCUGGACGUGGGUAUGCAGCCUCUUCUUGCAUCAUCACCGGCCCCACGACUCCAGCCCCGUGCGCGUCGCCCUCGCCGCCCACGGCGAGCGCGGGGCCACGGACAUCCGCCUGCUCUCCGUCACCUCCCCAUACGGCGCCACGGCGGACGCCGCCGCCUCCUGGCUCCGCGUCGCCGCGCUCCUCGUCUCUGGAGAGCUUCGCUUCUGCAACUGGUCCUCGAUUCCGUUGCGGAGGCGCAACAAGGAGUUACUCGACGAUAUAGUCGAGGAAAGAGGCGCGUUCGAGCUCCCCUGCUUCACGAGAGCCACCACUAUUCGGCUGAGCCUGGGGUUUCUUGGCCUAUCGCUACGGCCGCCGGGUGUCUUCGCCGAGCUCAGGAAGCUGCUCGUGGAUCACGUUCAGUUCCAUGGCGAAUGCACCCUGGACGAUACCAUGAUGCCGUUCUUGGAAGUUCUACAGGUAUACUGUGCUCGUGGUUUAUCCUCCCUUACGCUCAGGCUGAAGCAUCUCAUCUGGAUGGAUCUGUUCCACAUGCGUGGGCUGCGGAGGCUCAAUGCAGAGGCUCCAAGACUCAAGAAAUUAGCUGUAGUCGAUUGCUUCCGUUCUUCGUUCUCGCAGGACGGGGCCUGCAUUGUCGCAGAGGAUCUGGAGGCGCUCUGGUGGCAAGAUUGGUACUGUCCAAGUCUUGUCAACUUCAACAAGAUACCGCGCCUCCAGCAGCUAAUCGUUUCCCCAUUUUAUGGUGAAUGGUGUAAUAUCUACAAUCCGACCUGUGACGGGCUUCUCAAGCUACUUCCACGCAUUCAUUGUCUCCAGAUGUUCAUACCCAUUAAACCAUACUCAGUUACCGACAUGCUAUUGAAGGAAAGCAUAACCGGACUCCCUAACAUUAGGAUCUUGUGCCUAAAACUCAUAAAUCUUCGGCAUUCUUAUGGAGCUACUGUGUUGCAUUUUCUGACAAUGUGUACUGGUAUAGUGAAGCUAAUUAUCAAAAAUAAUUUCCAGGUACAAAUUGCAUGUCCACCGAUCUGCAUCUGUGAUCGGCCAUCAAACUGGAAAGAACCGAUCAUUUCGUUGAAGUCGCUCAGAGAAGUAGAGAUCCUCAACAUCAGAGGAGAGAGACAUGAUCUUGACUUUCUGAGGGUCUUAGUCAGGAUAGCACCAGAACUUAGGAGGAUCAGAAUAACCUGCCACCGUCCCGCUGAUAUGGAGAUUCUACGUGCACUCGUACAGAGUUUUGCAAGACAAGUGACUUGUGUGGAAGUGAGUCAAGCCACUCCCUCCUUGCAGCCACACUGAGCUGAAGUAAGAAGAGCUAGAGCUUUGUUGACUACUGGCCCUUGAUGUACCUGACAAGUUUUGAUCCGGCUGUGCUUUAAACAGAGGAACUGAGAGACUUAGCUUCCAUUGUAGUUUGCCGUCAUGAGAAAUUUUUGGCAUAUUGGAAUGCGCCGUUUAUGUUGAGUACGGUGGGGAUUAGGCCUGCUGCUUAGUUGGUCAGAAUUGGUGAACAGAGCAGCUCUGAAUUUCUUGUUUGCUUUUUACUGAUGAUCAUUCAUUCAGCGAGUGUUAAGAUAUUUAGCGUCUUAUGCUUUUGCAGGAUCGGUUGAAAAGAAUAUGAUGUGGCAUAUGACUUGGAAUGCAUGUGUUUUCAAUUCUAAAAGUUU